UAUAAAUACUAGCCUUCUUGUAACGUUGAAUUCAUCAGCUUUUUUCAUUUUACACACAAAUAUUCAUCAAUAUAAUACAUAUUAACUGAUACCAAAAAAUAUGAAUUUCUCUUUGCUUUCUACGAUGCUACUAGCAUUAGCAUUGUCUUCUGUUUCCUCGUUUUAUGUUGUUCAUGCUCAAAAUUCAUCAUUUUCAGCACUCUUCGCUUUUGGAGAUUCGAUACUCGAUACGGGCAAUAACAACUUACUCCCGACUCUCUCGAAAUGCAAUUUCUUUCCCUAUGGAAGAAAUUUUAUAGGCGGCAGACCAACCGGAAGAUUCGGAAAUGGAAGAGUUUUUUCCGAUAUUAUUGCCGAGGGUUUGGGCAUAAAACCUAUCUUACCAGCUUACCGCGAUCCGAGCCUUUCGAACAAUGAUCUUCCGACCGGUGUUUGUUUCGCAUCCGGUGGAUCUGGACUCGAUGACCGCACACCAAGAAUAACAGCAGUUUUAUCGAUUCAAGAUCAGCUGAAUGAUUUCAAAGACUAUACCGCUAAACUUAACGGCGUUGUAGGAAGCCAAGCAAACGCAGUUAUAUCAAACGCUGUUUUCUUAAUAUCAGCUGGAAAUAACGAUCUUGCCAUCGCCUUCCCGACUAGGAUGGGACAAUACACUGUUUUUUCUUACACUGAUCUCCUGAUCACGUAUACUCAGAAUCUUGUUAAGAGUCUAUAUGAUAUGGGUGCAAGAAAGUUUGCGAUUAUGGGAACGCUACCACUGGGUUGUUUGCCCGGAGCAACAAACACUUUUGGGAAUGUUUUAAAAAUGUGUCAAGUCCCUGCAAAUCAAUUGGCUACAAUGUUCAACCAAAAAUUAUCUGCGUUGGUUGACAAUAUUGGGACACAAUUUGCUGGUGCGAAAUUUGCUUACGUAGACAUGUAUAAUCCUCUUCUUAAUAUCAUCAACAAUCCUAUGGCUUCAGGGUUUAUUGAUGCGAGGGAUGGAUGUUGUUGUACGCCGACGUCGAUUGUUCCGUGCUUGGAUGCAUCUCGUUACGUCUUUUGGGACAUUGCGCACCCGACCGAGAGGUCAUAUCUAACGAUUGCACCAAGUAUUGUAGCAGACCUCAAGCCGAAACUCGCAUGAUCAAUUUCUACCUGUUUUGUUUUCUUUUUUUCCUUCAUUAAACUUUGCUAUAAUGUUGUUCUGUUUCCAGAAAUAAGUUGUGACAAAAUAAAAUCUAGUGUUUGUUUCUCUUCA